CAAAUCACAUCUUUAGAACUUAGCAUAAGCAAACCAAAUUAGAGGGAAAUGUCAAAGUCUUUAUUUGCUUUUUUAAAAUUUGUGAUAUUCACAAUUUAUGUGGUAGAGUUGACUUUUAUUUGGGCUGAAAGGCCCGAAACACCUUCAUGGGCCACAACAGAGCCUUAUGGGCAAGAGCAGAAAACUGUCCUACAAUUUUACUUCCAUGAAAUUGCACUAGGAGAAAACUCCACCAUUGCUUUGAUCGCUGAAGCCCAACCCGUACAGCCCAAUCGCUCAUUCGCAAGCUUCGGCAACUUGUUUAUGGCCGAUGAGCUGCUUACUGUGGGCCCAGAUAUAAACUCUAAGCUCAUAGGCCGGGCCCAAGGAUUCUCUGGUUCAGUCUCCCAGACAGAAGAAGUGCAUUUUAUAUUGGGCUUAGUUUAUAGCUUCACUGAUGGGAUCUAUAAUGGGAGUAGCUUUACCGUUUUGGGCCGAAACUCGCUGGUGAACACGGUUAGAGAGUUACCGAUUGUUAGUGGGACUGGGCGUUUUAGGAUGGCCCGUGGAUAUGCUUUGGCCCAAACAUAUUUAUUUAAUCCUACUUCUGGGAUUGUCAUUGUUGGAUACAAUGUUACACUUAUUCACCCUUAGAUAAGUUCUUAGGUUGUGGCAUGGUUUUUUUUUUUAUUGGCUCAUCUUAUUUUUUUAUGCUUUUGAUAGUGAUUUGUUGUUGAUCAUCCGAAAAGAUGAGUUAGGUUACUCUUGUUUAAGGAGUUAGGUGAGCUUUCUCCACCUAAUAAUAUAAAAGAAGAGCUUGAAACGUA